AGGCUUUACUCCGCCUCGUUCGUCGAGGAGCGUGUUCAGUUCGUCGCGCGCCAGCCAGACGCUGUGAAGGUGACCAUCCGCCUCCUGAAGUGGUGGCGCGACCAACAGGAGUGGUCCAGCAGGUUCACGCACCCGCCGGACGAGGUGCUCGAGGUGCUGGCCGCGUACUCGGCGGCGCAGACGAAGCCCGCGGACCAGCGCAGCGCCGUGGCCAACGUCAUGUCGUUGUUCUCGCGCUUCGACGAGCUUCGCGUGGUGUGGUCGGACUUGUACACCAAGGACGACGUGUGGAAGCCACUGCUGAAGCAGCGUCCCCUCUUGAUGGACCCGGUCAACCCCUACUCGAACAUCGCCGACCUGCAGGUCUUCGACGGCCGGGAGCUCUCGGCGGCGGCCAAGAC